AUGGCCAUUCCAUCUCAACCGGCGUCAAACGCCAUCAUUUACCUGACCUAUGGAGUCUUUCUGCGGUCCGCUCGCUCUGAAUUUCAUUGCAUCGGAGAGCGCAUGCUAUCAGUCGAAUACUUGAAAUCUUCCAGUUUUCAGUCUAGCCAAGGUGAAGCUGAGAAGUACCCUCUCGGUUCUGGUAUCCUCUUCACGUAUCCACAGAUUGCCACCAUUGCCGGUGUCCAAGGUCUGUUGGUCUAUGCACUUUCUUCGGCCUUGCCACUCCUGAUCUUUGGGGCAUUGGGUCCCAUUAUCAGGCGUAAAUGCCCAGAAGGAUUUGUUUUGACUGAAUGGACGAGGCAAAGAUAUGGGGCAGUCGCAGGGCUAUUUCUCAGCGUCUGUACACUCAUCACUAUGUUCUUAUACAUGGUCGCCGAGCUCUCCGCGCUCCAGCAAAUCGUCACUCUUCUGACCGGACUCAACGGUCUUCCCGUCGUGAUUGUCGAGUGUACUAUUACCACCAUCUACACCUCUUUUGGUGGUUUUAAGGUGUCAUUCUUAACCGACAAUAUUCAAGGAGUUAUGGUCCUCGGUCUCAUCAUCAUGGGCGUGAUUGCAGUUGGUGUCGAAACAAACAUUGACCGUUCCCUAAUCGACCAGUCUGGAUAUCUCAACCCGAGUCUUCUUGGCUGGCAGCUCAUUUACAUUUUACCGGUUGCUAUUCUGACCAAUGACUUCUUCCUCUCUGGUUUCUGGAUGCGCACUUUUGCAGCAAAGACGGACAAAGACCUAUGGAUAGGAGUAUCCCUUGCGAGUGGCGGGGUGCUCAUUAUUCUGACACUACUCGGUGUGGCUGGUCUUCUCUCUGCAUGGUCGGGAGCAUACACUAUAGGCGAUCAGGAAAACGGGUCCUUGGCGUUCUUCUUGCUGCUUGAGAAGCUCCCAGCUUGGGUGAUUGGCAUCACUCUCGUCAUGACGGUAUCGCUCUCUACCGCUGCAUUCGACUCCUUUCAAUCGGCCAUGAUCAGCACGGGUAGUAAUGACUUUUUCCGUAACAAACUGAACAUAUGGGUCAUCAGGGCUUGUGUUGUGGCUCUCAUCUUCCCGGUCGUUGUCGUGGCACUUCGCAGUCCGGACAUCCUCCGAAUCUUCUUGAUUAGCGAUCUUGUCAGCGCGGCGGUUGUUCCCUGCUUGGUACUUGGACUCUCAGAGAGGUUUUACUGGUACCGUGGAUUUGAUUUCGUUAUUGGAGGUUUGGGUGGCAUCUUCACAAUCUUCUUGUUCGGAUUGGUGUUUUACGAUGGCGACGUUACAAUGGCCGGUAACUUGUUGUUGCUCGAGAGUGGACUAUAUGCCGAUGAUUGGAGUGUGUUUGGCGCAUUCGUAGCAGCCCCCUUUGGUGGAUUGCUGUGGGCUAUGGGCGCAUGUGGCCUUCGUAUUUCUUUCCUCUGGAUCAUGGCCAAGGCGAGAGGACGCCGCUUCGACGCUCUUGACCGCCCAAUUCCACGGCAGAUUGCGCGACCUGGCGCAUUGGAUAGCCAGGACAACGAAAACGAGGCUGUAUUGCAGCAAUCCGUCCAGGCUGGCAGCAAGGGCAAUACACUAGAUUGGAUUAUCGGAGAUGAGAUGAGAUGGGCUCUAAUGCAAUAUCGCGUUCUGGUACCUGUCAGCCCUGUCGGAAUCUUGAACAACUAUAUGGCUUCCUUUAUGAAUCUAUCUGGACUGCAUGAAUUGCCUCGACGUCAUGCCGCAUUCCCACAAGAAACCCAAGCGGGCAACGACUUUAUACAGCUAUUGCCAUUUAAGCCUGGCAUAUUCGAGGCUUUGCUACAUAUGCGAAUACAAAACAAUCUACGCAAGAAGUCUCACAUCAACACCGCCACCAUGCAAAUGCCAGACAUGCCCGUCAACGUCCCCAUCGACGACCCAAAUGCAGACACAGAAUGGAAUGAUAUCCUCCGCAAACACGGCGUAAUUCCCGAAAAGCCGCCCUCCCCAACCCCCAUGAUCCAAGAAGCGCUCGAACAAGCGCGUGCCCUGGCGCACGAAAACCGCCUCGAACACAAGGACCUCGACGAGCUCGCCGCCCUCGAAGACGAAGAAGACGACGACUUUCUCGAAUCAUACCGCCAGAAACGCAUGGCAGAACUCUCCACCAUCACCGCGGCCUCCGUCUACAACCAAGUCUACCACAUCCAGAAGCCCGAAUACGCGGUCGAAGUGACGGAAGAAUCGAAAAAAGCACACGUAUUCGUACUGCUAGUGUCGUCACAGGGCACGAAUACAGAGUCGCGGGUGCUGAUUGAGAUAUGGCGGGAACUCAGCAGGAAGUUUGGCGACGUCAAGUUUUGCCAGAUGAGGGCGGAUUUGUGUAUAGAAGGCUAUCCGGAUAAGAAUACGCCGACGGUGUUGGUGUACAGGGAUGGCGAUAUCAAGAGGCAACUUGUUACGUUGAGGGAUUUGAAUGGGCCGAGGACGAGUCUGGAGGAUGUGGAGAAGUUGCUGGUGGAUGUUGGGGCGGUCAAGUUGGGGGAUUCGAGGUUGAAGAGGAAGAAGGAGGAUGCGGAGGAGAAGAAGGGUGGGAUUAGGCAGGGGAAGACGGCGGUCGAGGACGAGGAUAGCGAUUGGGAUUGA